AUGGUCCUUCUUACUUCAUCGACGGUCUCCGCCAUCGUGUCAUUUGGGGUAGUCUGCAUUUUCUCGUUGAUGUUAUUUUGGGCCGGAUACGUGGUACAACAACAAUCGGUGAAGAACAUCCAGCAUGCUUUGCGUCCACCUGUAUCUCGUCACGGAGGAUCUGGAUCACAAGGAUCCACAUUCCAGAGUCCCGCUCAAAAACGCGGCUUAUCAAAUUCAGAUCUAGGCUCAGACCCUCGUCCUAGCUUAGGGGGGAACUACGCAUAUCUGCAGUUGCUCUCAAGCCCAGAUCCCUCUGACAUCUGCUCUUCUAUCUCAUUCUUCAAACAACUUGCAACCAACAACAGUGUCAUCCAGGAUCGACUGUUCAUGUAUCCUGAAGAAUGGGACCGGAUGUCUGAGGAGCAACUUGGAAAGCCUGCUCUCACCGCUCUUUCUAUCUUGCGCACUGCCAGUAUCAAAUACGACAUCUGGCUCCUACCAAUUGAUAUGACUGAGGCGUCAUCAAAAGGCUAUUCGGCAACAGAUACCAAGCUGCUACGACUAGGUCAAAUCCAAUUUAUGCAGUAUGAUAGUGUUUUAUAUCUGCCAUCCCGUGGCAUGAUCAUAGACACGGAGAAACUUGACGAUAUUCUCCUGUCGCAGGCACUGCCACUUGUGUAUGACAAAAACCGCCCUGAUUCCUAUGAUAAUCUGGCAUGGACGCCAAUGAGUCUUCGUCCCGAUCGUGAUGCCAACUUGCCACCUGUCUAUUUGAUAACGGUGAAUAAUAUUGGAAGCGGGAAUGUUCAAGCUCGGACACAUGUGCCCAGCUCCAACCUGCCUAUGUUUCAAGCCCUUGUUCGGGGAUCUAAUAUGAUCAUGUCCCAAGAUGAGGAUGAGCAUCGAGACGGAAUCGCUCAACCGCCGGCUUACAUGUACUUUGAAUCCGACCAUCAACAGAGUAUCAAGUUGCAGGGGAGCCCUUACUAUCAGAAUUGGCGAGCACAGCGGAAUGAGGUCUGCGAUGGAUUAGACUUUGAUGAUGAUUUUACCGUGACGAGCGAUGAUUAA